UCAAUGAUCAUAAAUUUAUUCUCUUUGAAUUCAUGUAUUCAUAGCUCACUCACAUGAAAGAUUUCUCCGCCAAAUAUGCAGUCAGGUGAUAUCCCGGUGUACCCUUCCAUGCCGGCCAAGGCUCCCUUGCCUCUACCCGGGACCGUGUUGGUUUCCAAGUCCGGACAUGCCGUCACCGGCAAACGCCGCCGUGAGGACGAUCCGAUCGUCUCCUAUUCGGAGGCCGUAGAUGUGUCGGCACCCAAGAGACAGGCGAAGGCCCAUGACGUGCUUUUUAGAAUCGUUGUGCCCUCGAAGCAGAUCGGGAAGGUUAUUGGCAAAGUCGGUUGCCGAAUUCAGAAGGUUCGUGAGGAGACCAAAGCUACAAUCAAAAUUGCGGAUGCAGUCGCGCGGUACGAAGAACGUGUUAUCAUUAUAAGUUCAAAGGACAAAGAGAAUACGGUUACUGAUGCGGAGAUAGCACUCCAGCAAAUUGCAGCACUGAUAUUAAAGGAAGAUGGUACAAGCAUUGAGGAGCUAAAAGUUGGAACAGGGCAUGUGGCUGCCAAUACUAUAAGGCUCCUUAUUGCUGGAUCCCAAGCAGGUUCUUUGAUUGGUGCCUCAGGUCAAAAUAUUGAAAAAUUAAGGAAUUCUUCUGGUGCGUCAGUUACAAUCCUUGCCCCAAAUCAGUUACCUCUUUGUGCGUCUGCUCAUGAAUCUGACCGAGUGGUGCAGAUAUCAGGGGAUGUUCCUGCAGUUUUGAAGGCUCUUGAGGAGAUAGGCAAUCAGCUAAGGGUAAAUCCUCCUCGGCAAGUCAUUUCUGUUAGCCCAACAUAUAAUUAUAAUGCAAUACAUCCGCCACAGUCAUAUAUGGAUCCAACCUCAGUUAAUUAUGUAACCUUUGAAAUGUUGAUAUCGGAGACGUUGGUGGGUGGGUUGAUUGGGAUUGGUGGCUUCAACAUAUCAAGAAUCAGAAAUGAAUCUGGCGCAACAAUCAAGGUUUGUGGUGGAAGAGGUGAACAAAAUUACAGGCAAUUACAAUUCGGUGGAAGUGCUGAACAGGUAGCAUUGGCUAAGCAGAGGGUUGAUGAAUAUAUUUAUUCUCAGUUGAUGCGACAAGCUGGUGUUCAACCGACAGCUCUGCAGAUGUGGUAAAUCUCAAACAUGGAGGAAUUAUUACUUUAUAAUGCCAACAUCUGUGCAUGGGAAUCUCUGAAGAACAGCUCCUACAAACAUCAAUCUGAUGACUGAGUAGUGGAGAUGUGAGUACAGUUGAUGAAGUCAAAUAAUGGUUUUUUUUUUUAAAUUUUUAUAAUUAUUUUAUUUUUAAGUGUGACAUAUUGUAAUUGUGGAAAAUAGUUGUCUGAAUAUUUUCUAUACUAACAGCUUAAAGGUUUCUAUAGCUAUAAAAGGCUGAUAGGAAAAGUUUGGCCUUCAGCUCUGAGUCCUCAAUCUU